GCUGUGGAGGGGUCCCUCAAAUCAUGAGACCCAGAAGUAGAUAUCUCCGUUCACUCCAAUACAAGUGGGGAACAGGAAUGUGUCUCCGCAAAAAAUGUCUGGAUAUCAAUCAAAGGCUCAUAAUUACCUUCAUGCCAUGUCCUAAAAAAAAUUAAGUUUUUUCUUUUCAAAACGCCACCUCAAGCGUUUUAUUAGCCGUUAUCUCGCUGGGGAAGAGGGGUGUGCAGCUGAAAGGAGUCGUAGUGAAACAAAUGGCAUCCGAGAGGGCCUAGUUCAGUGCUCCGUUAACGUGUCCGAUUUUUGGACUGGUUCAUCUGCUGCUCAAUAACUCUCACGGUCCUCUGCUUGCGAUCAUUGUGAUUCAUCAUGUAUUGAUCCAUUUAUUCAAAAGAUCCAAAGACAAAGAACAGGUGCAUUACGGUAUCAUUUUAUAUUGUUGUUGGACCGGAGUGGGGGAGUGGGCACGCAUGCGUUCUAUAUUUCUGCAUCCGGUACGUCACGGACUAGGCCACGUGUCUUGGCCCCAUAACGCGGAAGCAAAUCGCUCCUGUAUGCUACCCUGCGCCACUGAGCAGUUUGUUUAGGAAUGAAUGGGCGGCCAGUCCGUGGUCCAUCCUUUAUUAUGUCCAUGCUCUGGCAGCAUCUUUAGACGGAUGAGGAAGCCGGAACCAUUACGUCAUAGGCCACGCCCACUGGAUACAAACCCAGCGCGGGAGUCAGAUGAGGUCAGGAACAUAUGGCCGUCCCGUUGCUAGAACACGGCAGCGCCAAACAUUUCACUGACGACUGCUUCCUCAACUUGGGCCAAUACAGAGCUGGACUUGCUCAACGUCUGAAAAUCAAGUCUGGAUCAGUACCAACUCUCCUCGGCUCAGCUACAAACCUCGAAAAACCCAGCUCAUCAAGUGCUUCCAUUCAGCAGCUUCUCUCAAGGGAUGUUGCCUGCCAGACAGAACACCUGGAAACGCAUACUUCAGACCCCAGACACUUUUUCAAUCAAGGUUGAAGACGAUAUUGGUGGAGGCAUGCCCGCCGUAGAAGACAAUGACAUCAGAGACUGCAGCACGCAGCGCGGCGCCACCUCGGAGAGUCUGCGUGUGGACGCCCCUGGCUCCUCCCACAUGUCGGGUCACAGCGGGGAGCUGCGCAUCCUGAGCGUCUACGGACAAGGGGAGGGCCCUCUGGCGGUGGACGGCCAUGACACCCUCUUUGCCGCAUCAGAACUGGAGGCCUUGAGCUCGCUGUCUGCUGACCACAGCGUGGCCAAGAGCCUGAACUGCAGCGUACGGCUCGUCCGCCUUGAGGAGCUGACUGGGCAUCAGGGCGGCCGCAAGGGCCGGCCCGGUGUCUUGUGUGGAAAGGUUGUUCCCAACAAUGCCAAUAUGAUUGUCCACAUGAGGACUCACUCUGGGGAGAAGCCCUAUAAGUGUGACCAAUGCACGAAGCGGUUCAGUCUGAAAGGAACCCUGAAUAGACACAUGAUGAAUCACUCUGGAAAAAUCACCAGGAAAUCUGCAGCUGCACAUAGACACUAUCUACUCUGUCCAGUUUGUUUGAGGACCCAAGAGUCUCUAUCCUGUCACCUGCGCAGAGUCUGCAUGAAGGAUAAGACACCACCACAGAUCCUAGAGGUGGUUGAAAAGGCCAAGAAAGAUGUGUGUGACCUCCUGAAGAAUGGACGGGCUUUUAGUUAUGCAGUCCUGAAGCAAAUCGUCUCAUCACCAAAUCCACUCGAAGGAUUGAUUGAGGAGCUGAAAUACCAUCACUUGUUUGUGACAGGAGUCCCUCCUCCUCUGCCCAUUGGUAAUCCAAGGUUGGUCACCGAAACCCUUUCUGAAUGCCCUGGGGAGGCACCCGGAGAAACAGAGCCAUCUGAUGUGGAAUCUUGCGGCAGCAAUGAGCUUUUUCAAUGUAGACAAGAGAAAACGUAUACCAAAGACAAAAUGGUGAAAGCGAAGGAUUUAGGCAUUUUGAAAAAGCAUUCAGCAGAUCAUCCAUUGCUCAAGCGCUUUGCCGACUACCUAAAGAAUGAUUACGAAAAUGCAAAGUACCAACAGGAGGUUGACACUGUUUCCCGGUACCUGUAUUUUGCUGAUCCUACGGAACCAUCUUUGAAGUUUGUCAAUGACAGAGAGAAGCUCAGAGACUUCCUGGGUCAACAGGCUAAGGCAGGGUAUAAGGCACAAACAUCAGGAAAUUACAUCAAGUGCUUGAAAAGGUUCUUGGAGUUCCACUUGACAAGGACCGGCUUGAGACAGGAUGACGGGGAGCUCUACAAGCAGUGCACAUUAUAUUUGAGUUUUUUAACUUCUUCACAGAGUGUCCUCUCUAAGCAAGCGAGCAAAGAAAUUGUGCAAAUGAGUCAUGCCUUGUCGUUUGACAAAAGUCAACCCACACCUCGUGAAUGCUUGGCUGUUCUUGAUAAAGGUGAAGGUGACUUAGUGAAAAUCAUGAAUCAACUUGAUGACAGUUCUUCUUCCUCCCUGAGUAGGACUGAGUGCAUAUUUGUGCUAUACUAUCUUGAGGCAAUUGUCAUACUAAGACACUGCCAACAGCCAUGUGUGGUGCAGAGCAUGAAGGUCAAGGAAUGGCUUGAACGGAAACACGCAGAUGAUGAUUCAAUCGUUUUUGUAAAGGACCACAAGACGGCUGCACAUUUUGUGGUCUCAAUUGUCCUGUCCAAGAAGGAGGAGGCGUGGUUUGAGAAAUAUUACACCAAAGUGCGGCCACAGCUCCUUGCUGGCGAAAGGAAACGUAAGCGAGAUGAGCAGGAUGAGAAGGAUGGAGAUGAUUUUUUCUUUGUGUCCUCCCGCGGUAAGCCAAUUAACAAUGCAGCUGGUGAUCUGAUAAAGCUCCAGCAAAAGUGCAACGUCCCCCAGGUGAGCAGCCAGGUUGUACGGAGGGUAUUUGAGACAGCAGCUAACCGCCUGGAUGACCCUCAGAAGAAAGCAGUUUCUGACUACCUGGGCCAUUCUGGCACAACAGCUGACAGACAUUACAGGAUGAAAUCUCUUGAAUCCAUUGUGAUAGCUGCUGGUCUGCUGAAGAAAUUACAGAGGCAGAAGAAGUCAAGUGCUGGGCCUUCCGGAGAAGGGACCCGUCAAGAGGCUCUUGGAGAAGGGACCAGCCCUCAGUCAGUGGAGUCUUCCAGCCAUGGUGACCAUUGUGCUCUCCCUCAGCCUUCCUUGAGACAGCUAGUGAUCGAUUUAGAGAGGAUUCCUGAGGGAAAUGACAAAGUCAAAUUCCACGAGGCAUUCAAGUCCCUCUUGGAAAACCACCCUGUGACACUGAGUGGUCAAAUCCCAAAAGUGAGAAUCCGCAGGGACACCUCGGAGGCCAAUCAGCGGAAGCUUUACACGCACUGGGCGCAAAAGCAAUUAGAAAUGCGUGUAAAACACACCCGUGAACAAUUCAAUCGGAGGAGGCCAACGAAAGAGCGUGUCGACACAUGGGUCAAAAAGCAGGGAUGGAAGUGCAAGGCUGCCAACAUCAGCACUGAGGUUGUGGAGAACUGGGCACCAUCUGGAUCUGAGGACCGCAUCAUGGACAACAAACGGAUCCAGACAUUGGUGAAAACACAAGACUGGAAAGGACUGCACAUCACACAGUUUGAAGAGAAGGGCGAUGGGAUCAUUACAACCCGCACUUUUAAGAAAGGCCAGGUUGUAUGUGAUUAUCAUGGGCCUGUUGUUAGUGGAAAGGAGGGCGAGAACAUACACAAAAACACAACUGGAAAGGAGACUGGAUAUAUCUUCUUUUUCCGGAACAGUAAAGGACAGCCAAUGUGCAUUGAUGCCCACUCAGACAGGUGUCAUUGCCACCCUGACAAGAGAACAUUUGGCAGGCUGGUGAAUCAUUCCAAAAAGAACUCGAACAUCAAGCCCCUGCACUGUGUGGUGGACAAGCAUGGAGAAAUGAAGGAUGUGAUCCUUUUCAUUGCAACCAAGGACUUGCCAGUGGGUGAGGAAGUUCUGUUUGACUAUUGAGUCAACAAAAAAUCUUUUAACAAUGAGGGGUCGGACCUUGACUGGCUCUAGCAGGGCAUCAGCCUUCAGAGACACAUAUGACAUGUCCCUGGUUGGUGAAAUGUUUCAUCUGUGUGUUUGUUUGUGCUGAUGGCUCUUUAAAGGAUAUGGAUGAGGACUCCAAAAUCGUACCAUGACCCGUUUGGUGAGAUGUUUCAUAUGUUUUUUAGUGGAUCAAUUCUUGGCAUGUAUGGAUAAACUUUCUGAAUAUGAUGCGUGGCCUUUGACCUUUGGGGGGGUGGUGGGGCGGCGGGUGACUCCUAAAGCUUAGAGGGCAUCAGCCUUCAGAGACACAUAUGACAUGUCCCUGUUUGGUGAAAUGUUUCAUCUGUGUGUUUGUUUGUGCUGAUGGCUCUUUAAAGGAUAGGGAUGAGGACUCCAAAAGCGGGAAAUGACCCAUUUUGGUGAAAUGUUUCAUAUGUGUUUUUUAGUGCUGAUUUUUGUUUUUGUUGUGUAGCUGUUUUGCAACUUGUUCUAGCUUGUGUAACUUAAAUUGAGGUUCUGUGGUGAUAUCCUUUUUCGUAUCUUUAGAGAUAUAUCAAUUAAAAAUCUUAUUAA